CAAGUCUAAACCAUAUGCACAAAGUGUUCGGAGAAACAGUGCAGGUUUUCCUGGUCUCUUUUUAGAGACGAUAAAAUAAAGGGACUGCGUAAUUUAGAAUUUGGAGACAAACGGAAGGAUUUAGGAAAUAACCUCGUCGCUUUGUGCUCUAGGUAUAGUUUUUUUAAUUUUUUUGGCAGCAUAACUUGCCUACUCAGUGGAUAUGCAUCGGUCCCAUCUGUAGCACUCUAUGGUGCCCUUAACUGCGCCUCGAGUUUAUGGACCCCCGCUCAAUGAUGACUAUGAGUUCAUUGUCGGACAGCCUGGUUGCUUCUGAUCCCUCCAAAUCUGCCUUUCUGGAGUUCGGACACGGCUAUCCCGGCCACCAGCAGCACUCCCCCGGCUUGUCCCACAACCACUAUCCAGUGCACGGCUUGCAUCCCGUCGGACCCUCGCAGCACGAUAGUCCCUUUUCUUCCAGCGCGUCAUCUUAUGGCCGCCCGCUAGCUUACCCUUACCACAGCACGGUAAGCGCACACCACCCAAGUGCCUACCUGCCAUACCAGCACAGUAGCCACAACAACGGUCUGGGACACACGAGAAUAGAGGAAACAGAGCUUGAGAAGCCGACCACAGUGAUCGAGAACGGAGAAAUUCGACUGAACGGAAAAGGGAAGAAGAUCCGAAAACCUCGGACCAUCUACUCAAGCUUACAACUGCAGGCGCUCAACCAGAGAUUCCAGCAAACCCAGUACCUCGCGCUACCUGAGCGCGCCGAUUUGGCGGCAAAAUUGGGACUAACUCAAACACAGGUUAAGAUAUGGUUCCAGAACAAACGCUCCAAGUACAAGAAGAUCAUGAAGCAUGGCACGGGCGGACCGGAGGGAGAACACCUGCACCCUGGGUCAUCCGGAUCUCCGUGUUCCCCGGGGAUGCCGCCACUUUGGGACGUUUCCAUGGCAAAUAAGGGGACGCCUGCGCACUCCGGUGGAUACAUGAACAAUUUCGGACACUGGUACCCAAGCCAUCACCAGGAAUCUACGCCGAGAACUCAAAUGAUGUGAUAGGAUAUGGGACAAUGGGAUGAAAUUCUACACGCUCUCCUCUUGUACAUGAACCGCGUAGCCUAUCCCUUUUAAAUAUAGCUCCGAGCCCCAACUAUCACAUUAGAGACUUUUCAUUUUUGAAAUGGCCGUUUAAAGGUCUUUUGUUUGGAUUUCAUCCGAGGUUUUGCCUUACAAUUUCUUGGACAUAUGACUACAUGGAUUUUGCUUGGAGGCCUAUGUGGAUCUGUAUUUUGUAUGCAGUUCAGUUCCAAAUAAAUCCUCAGUGGUCAACUAUGCACUGCAAUAAUAUCUAUUUUUACUAAAUUAGUUUGAGCAUGACAAUGCCUAACCCCGUCCCCAUGAGUUACAAAGCAAUUUAAGUUAAAUUCAAAGUUUACAUUUCACCUGAUAAGUAAUAAUUAUAAACUCAUGCCUAACCGAAAUGAUGUCUUUGCAUCAAAUAUUUAAAUCACACAUACACACAUCUGUGAUUUAAAUAUUUGAUGCAGAGCCAUCAUUUCGGUUAGGCAUGAGUUUAUAAUUAUUACUAUUAUUAAUAUUAUUAUUAUUAUUAGUAGUAGCCUAUUAUUAUUAUUAUUAUUAAAGUACAUAUCAAAAUAUGCCAAAAGUGUAAAAAAAAAAUUGACUUCUACGGCGCAAUAAUGAAACUAACAUAUCACAUAAGAAAGGGUCAAGUAUUUUACCCUAAAACAUCUGGAAAAGCAAUAGAGGGUACUAUUUUAACAUUGACAAUGAUUUUAUAAAAUGGCCAUGUCAAUUAAAGGUAAUUUGGGACGUAGCUUGUUAAAUAAAGCUUUCAUUCCAACAGUAUAAUUACCAGCAAUUUGCAGGCAACAAAAUAUCCCUCUCCAAAACUGAAAGUGCAAAGGAACUAAUAGGAAAAGGACAAGGAGAGUCCAUCGGCUGUUGCGGCUCUACAAGGCAACGGAAUCGUCAUUAGUCCAAAUGACUUGCAGGUGUAAGCUAAUUGUAGCCUAUCAGCAGUCCGAGACAAAUAGCUGAAAAACGAGAGGCAAAAGACAUGACAGCGCUCGAGUGUGAACCAACUGUGGUGAUUUUUUUUAAAGUAUAGGACUAACUAUUGAGCACAGAGGUGGCACCACAGGUCCAGAGUGGUGUGGCGAAAAAAAAACAAUUAUGGGGCCGGUAGUUUUUCUUGAUCUGGUAACCUAACCACGUAAGUGCAAUGCCUUAUGCGGUAGGACAUGAUUCAUCUCUUGUAAAAAAAAUGUUUAAUAUGGGCUGUGAUGGGACCAGAGUUUUUCUAAUCAGGUCACAUGGGUUAAAAAAAAAUUAAAAAUAUGGAAAAAGUCCUGGCUUUGCGGGAGGAUGAAAACCCAGUCAAACUGCAGCAACUUUGUACUUGUUCAUAUCUGAAUUAUAUUUUAAAGGACUAGGGGGGUGCCUAUACACGUACACAGAGAAAGCAACAUGAUUGGACAAUAAAACACACAAGGCUGAGCUUCCCUGAUGCUGAUUUGCAUACCCUAUGCAACUGUAGGCCUAAUAAACAUUUACUCACAGUCUGUCAGCUAUUGUGUUUAUUGAUUAAUUCCAGUUAAUAAUUUGACAGAAAAAUCCUAAAUUGCCUAGUCAGCCCAAGUUUAAAUAUAAACCAAAUUUGAUCCAUUCUGAUUUUCUCACAAACAAAUGGGUUAAAAAUAAGCAUACACAACGUUACAGCUUAAUUUACUCUGGCCAGAAGGACAGGGCGCAUAGAAGGCUAGACUAUGCUGCCGCUGUUGUUAGUAGCCUAUAGUUGAUCAGACUGAGAUAUUGUCUCGCCUCCACGCAAUACAGCAUGUAAGAUCGCUAAUGUUUAGGUGUAUAGGCUGCUACAUUUAUGUAAUAGCCUUUGCUUGUGUCUGUCGAAAGUAUUGUGUUAUCAUGCUUGCUAAAUAAAUACCAGAGGAAAGUGAA